AUGGGCAGCAUCGAAACACCGCCGCACCUCCACCAAAACGCCAACCUGGACUAUGACGUCCUGAUCAUCGGCGCCGGCCUGAGCGGCAUCAACUCGCUGCACCAAAUGCACACCCUGGGCCUGCGUGCCAAAGUCCUCGAAGCAGGCGGCGGGCCAGGCGGGACCUGGUACUGGAACCGGUAUCCGGGUGCGAGAUUUGACUCAGAAUCCUACUCCUACGGCUUCUCGUGGUCCCAAGAAGUCUUAGACGAAUGGUCCUGGUCGGAGCAUUUCUCCGGCCAAGCAGAGACACUGCGGUACUGCGAGUUUCUGGUAAAAAAGUUCAAUCUGGAGCGGGACAUGCAAUUCAACACGCGGGUGUCGAAAGCGCACUACCAAGAGGAUACAAGCAGCUGGCUUCUCGCCGACGAGAACGGGAAUACCUAUACAUCGCGGUGGCUGGUGACGUGCAUGGGGAUUCUGAACCAGUUCACGCUGCCGAAUAUAGCCGGUGUGCAUGACUUCAAGGGCCAGGCGAUUCAUACGGCGCGGUGGCCGCAUGAGCCGGUGAGCUUCGAGGGGAAGAGGGUUGGGAUUAUCGGGACCGGUGCGACGGGCAUUCAGGCGAUUCAGGAGAUUGUCAAGACGGCGGGCCAUUUGACUGUCUUCCAGCGGACGCCGAACUGGAGUGCGCCGCUUAAUAACUCGAAGAUCGAACCCGAGGAGAUGGAGGAGAUCCGGAGGCAGUACCCCGAGAUAUUCAGGAAAUGCAAGGAGUCGUACUCGUGUUUCCUGCACAAGAGCAACCCGGCGUCUGUGUUUAGUGUGAGUGCCGAGGAGAGGGAGAAGAUGUGGAACGAGCUGUAUGAGACGCGGGGGUUCGAGAAGUGGCUUUCGAAUUUCCAUGAUAUCUUCACGAAUAAGGAGGCGAAUGACCUUUACUCGACGUUUAUUGCGAAUAAGAUCCGCCAGCGUGUCAAGGAUCCGGAGACGGCUGAGAAACUUAUCCCCACGUGCCAUGGAUUCGGUACCAAGAGGGUGCCUCUGGAGUCGGGGUACUUUGAGGCGUAUAACAGGGAGAAUGUGAGGCUUGUUGAUGUCAAGGCAGAUCCGAUUGAGAGAGUCACGGAGACGGGGGUCAAGACGCGCGAUGCACAGUAUGAUGUUGAUAUCCUGAUCUACGCCACAGGGUUCGAUGCAGUCACGGGUGCGUUUACAGCCGUGGACUUUCAGGGUGUUGGUGGUGUGAAGUUGAGUGAGAGGUGGAAAGAAGGGCCCAAGACGUUCCUGGGACUAUGGGUUGAGGGAUUCCCAAAUAUGAUGAUGGUGAUGGGGCCGCAUCAGAUGUUUGGGAACUUUCCACGCUCGAUUGAGUAUGCAGUGGGCUGGGUGAGUCGGUUUAUUGGGUAUGCCGCUGAUAGGGGCCUCACCUAUGCAGAGUGUACGGGGAAGAAGGUCGAGGAGUGGACAGAGCAUGUGCAUACCUGUGCUGAAGGCCUGCUGGCGAACGAGGUCGACUCUUGGAUGACGGGGGUGAACAAGAACCUGGCCCACAAGCAGAAGAGGAUCAUUGCCAGGUAUAAUGGCCCGGCACCAGGCUACAGGGCUAGGGCAGACGAUGUUGCGAAUAGGGGGUAUGAGGACCUGCGGCUGGCAUAG